AUGGGGAAAAUUCCGCUGAGCUUGAGCGACAACUUCCAGCUGGCCGUCUCGUCGCUUCCGGAGACGCAGCGGCAACUCAUCGAGGUCCUCGUCACCUGCCCCGAUGAGGAGCUUAUUCACCAUCUCCAGCCUUUCCGAGGCUGGAUGUGGGAGAAGCAGGGAGAUGUCACAGCCUGGGCGCCGGCGCUCAACCGCUUCGACGAUCUCAUGUUCGCGUACGCGCGACACAAAGGCCUGCUGCUGCCUGAAAAUGCAUCUUCCUCCGCGCCUUCUGCGUCGGAUGAGAAGGCCUUCGUCCCUUCGGAUGAACUCAUUCUGGCGGUGCUGGAGACGUCAUGCAUUGUUCUCGAAAACUGUUCUUCCAAGUCCCUCUACAGCUCCGUCGACGUCGUGACCAGCCUCGUGGAUGCCUUCUACCUGCCGAUCGUCUGCAGCGCAGUGCAAGUCCUCGCUGUCUGCUACGGCUUCGUGAAGAGAAACCGUCGCACGGGUCUGCCGCGCGAGUGCCCCGAACUGACUUCUCGCCUGCCGCUGCUCUGUGACUCGCCAGUGGCCUACGAGGCUUUCGUGAUGAGCCGCCACGCGGACCCCUCGCGGAUUCAGCUCCCUGCGGGCCUCGUGUACGGCGGCCCAGGCGAAGUCCCGUCGGCGCUCCAGACGCCGCCUGAGCGCAGUCCUUCAGCCUCGCCCCCUGCGUCGUCUGUCUCCGCGCGCGAAGGCCCGCAGGGGCGUCGCGGUCGAGGCGCGCAAGCGGUGGCUUCCCCGGCGUCGGCGGUCUCGCCUGUCACGCGGCGCGUGGAUCCUCUGACCUUCUAUUUGGCGAAGAGUUUCCCGCUGGACUUUGAGGGCUUCGCAGAGUUCCAAGUUCUCGUCACUGCGCCUGCUUCCGAGCCGGGCACGCGCACCAGCAGUCCCUCGGGGGGCUCGCCUCUCCUCGCGCCUUCGGGGUUCGACGGCGAACAGCUCCCUUCCUCUUCUUCUUCUGGGCCAGCGCCUCCGCAUGCAGAGCGGGGCGACGCCGCCCGCGGAAGGCCCCGAGGGCCGGCUGUCACGGGCGAGACGGGGGGGGCUGCGCCGCCUCCCACGCCAGACGACUACUUUGCGCCGCGAGUGAAGACUGUUCGCAUUCCCUGCGCAGAGCUCAUGCUGCCGCUCCAGCCGGCUGACGGCGACGCGAGCCGCGAGGCGGAAGGGCUCGCUGAGAAGAAGUCGCAAACUGAUGCACUUGAGAGCCUCUUCCAGACCGUCGUCAAGAAGUACCGAAUACCGCCGCUCCACUUCCCGCUUCUUCGUCACAAGAUUCGCCUUCUGCAGGGGCUGCAGAGCAGUGCGUACCGGCGGGACCUUGUGAACGCGCAGCUGUCUUCGCUGUCGUGUUUGCUGGUGGUGAACCCGACGCUUUUUUCGUCAUUCGUGGCCGCGCGGCCCUUCUUCUUUAUCGACUUCUUGCGCCUGCUGAAGCACCACCAGCAGCUGACACCACGCACGGUGCUGCUGUGCGCAGAUCUCCUCUCCGUGCUGCUUGAGGAGCGGAACUUCUACAAGCAGCUCGCGCCGACCCUCGGCCUCUUCUCGCCCCACGGCCUCUUCCUUUCCAUUCUGCGGCGGCUCCUGCGCCACCCCUGGUCGUCUCAGCCACUCCGCAUUCAGCGCGAGAUUCUGCCUCUGCGCGGGGGUGGGGCGCCGGUCGGAGGUGGGGACGCCACACAGGGCGAGCCGGAGGUGCUGACCGCAGCUGAAGGGCAGCUGGCGGCUUCUGAGGACGUCACGAUGGAGGAGGAGCCCAGAGCGGAGAGCGGGGGAGGGUCAAGCUCCGACGGCGCCGCCGCGCCCGCCGCGCGGGGCAGGUCGGGCGAGGGUCCCGAGGCCCGCAUGGUGGAGGCCCAGGCGCCUGAGGAGAAAGGGGACGCCGACGCAGCAGUGGUUCCCGUGCGCAUUUCGUACACCAUCCAAGAUGAAUCUGAAAAAGCGAGAAAAUUGCGCGACUGGCGAGCGAGGCUGCAGGAACCAGACGGAGGCGUCCAGAAGCUUCAAGACGACAUGGACCGCAUGCAGACCCUGCUCCACCUCCUCGCCGCCUACGCGUCCAUCAUCGCAAUGAACAAUCACACCAUUCCCGCCUUCGUACAGCCCAGUCUUUUGGCCGCGUUGGUUGGUUUUCUUCGCAAUCGCGAGCCGCUGGUGAUUCCCGUUCAGCUCUUCGCCGUGCGGGCGAUCGAGGCGCUGAUGGAGCAGCAACAGCACAGCAGCAGCAGCGCCGUAACGAUCCUCCUGCAGCAGGACCUGGAGCUCGCGCGGCGCUUCGAAGAGCGCAUUUUGUACGACGCUGCGUGCCUCGUCCAGCGCAUCCACCGCGGCUUCUGCCCCCGGCAGGCGACGGGGGCCCUGAACCCUCAAACGGAGACGCCCGGGACAGGAGCCGAUUCGAGGCGGCGGCGCGCGACGCGGGAAGGAGACGCGGAAGGCGAGGCUGUUCACAUGGCGCAGGUCGAGAGAGAAGAGGCGGGGGCAUCGGAGCUUGCAAAUCCUGCGGAGAAAGACAUCAUCGAGGUCGCCCGGUACCCUGCGGAGGGCACUGACGAGGACCGCGCGUGCUACUGGCUGUCGGUCUGCGAGGUGGAGACGCGGCGGUGCCUGUUGAAGGCGCUUCUGAAAGACUUUUACAUCAUGACGAUGCGCCAGGGCCUCCACACGGCGACGCUCGGAGGGCGCCAGCCCCCGGCGUUCCUCGACCUCUUCACCGAAACUUCACAGUUGACCGCCCUCUGCAAAGACAUCAUUCUUUUCCCCCAGUGGUUCGGCCUGGGGUGCGUCUCGUCGCUGCUGACCUCUCUGUCGGAGGUGAUCACCGACGACCCGCUUUGUUUGUCCUCUUUGGCUUCUCUCGGCCUCGUGCCGCUGCUCCUCUCUUCGCUGACUGAGGCACAUUUGCGCAACGACCAAGUCCUCGGCGCCAUUGGGCCCUUCCUCUCGUCCCUCGUCCUCCACCCCACUGGCGUGCAGCUGCUGCGGCGUGCCCAGCCCUGGGGCCUCCAGCCGCCUUCCCUGUCUCUCUCGUCGUCGUCCCAGCUUGCCCUCGCGGACGCGCCCGUGUCUUCUGCGGCGCCUGCAUCUCCUCCUCGUGCGGCUUCUGCGUCGCCUGCGACGGCGGACGCUUCUUCAGAGGCGACUGGGCUCUGCCUCGCGUCGCGCCAGGGCCUGGUGCUGGGGGGCCAAGCGCUCGAGGUGCAGCGGGCGGCGAAGGGGCUCGAAAAGCAGGUGGCGACGGCGGGCGCGCGGGGGACCGCCGCGGGCGAGGACGACGGCGGCCGCAAGUGGAAAGUGUGUACUUUGCUCAUGCGCGCGACCGCUGCCUCGCAAGCCGUGCUUCUCGACCGAUUUGGAGAGAGCGCCGCCGCACUGGGGAGCUCUCUUGAGGAGGUCCUCCGCAGCGUAGCCUCGGCCGCGUCGUCCUCGGCGGCGGUUUCUGACACCUGCGCGUCGUUCGUGGAGCAGCUUCUCGCGCUCCUUCGCGACCUGAAGAGACAGGAGGCGAAGCUCCCGCUGUGGCGACCCGUGCCCCCCCAGGAGGCCGAGAAGCGCGUGGAGGUCUCUAAGCGUCAGCGCACGUUGCAGCUCCAGGACUUGGAACUUCCUCCGGCGCCGCCGUCGCUGUGGCUGGCGGAUCGUCUGGCGAACGUCGGCAAGCUGUUGGGGACGUUUCUUCAGAAUUCAGACACGCUUCGCUGCUUCGUUGCCAAGGGCGGCGUGCCCCUGAUUUUGUCGCUUUGCUCCGCGCCCUCGCUGCCGCCGGCGUUUCUCCACCUCUACCCGCAGCACCCUCUUGCCCUGACGCUGCGCUACGUGGCCUCGGCGUCGUCUUCGCUUCCGCAGCUGCUGCUGCAGCUGCUGCUCCUCGCGCGGGCGACCCAGAACACGAAGAAGCUCGGCGACUUGGCUGAGGCCUGGGCGCUGGAUCGCUGGCCGCAGUCUGGAGGCGUCCCCGCGGCGCUUCGGUAUGGCGGCCUCGGAGAGGCUGAGGCGACUGCCCAGGGGGGGAGGUGGGCGGCGCCACCGCCGCCGCUGCGGCUGGAGGACCGGCAGGCGCUGGUGAUGGCUGUGGACGCGUGCUCGAGUGCGCUGCAGGUGGCGGCGAUGCUGAGCCGCGAGGUCGGUCAGGCUUACGGCGCAGGCCAGGGAACGCGUGUGUCGCCGCAGCACCAGCUGUUUCUGCUGCAGCACCUCGGCCUGCUUCUUCUGGAGGUCCAGCGCGUGACGCCGUUCGCGCUUCGCCUCCUCUACGCCGCCUCGCCGCCGCUCUCCGACGCCGAGGGCACGCCGUCCCUCCUCAGCAGCCGCCACAACGCACACGAACACCCAGCGAUUCGCGCCAGCAAGGCGCUUGCGCAGACGGCGAAGAACGUGUACGCCGCAGGCGCCAGCGACGCGCUGUCCAGCAACGACAUGCUCUGGAGCAGCCUCGUGCAGUACGCCUACAGCGUCGCCGCUUCGGACGGAGACCGCGUGGCGCCGCCUGGGGCCGACGCAGGGCGACGGCGAACAGAAGACGUGCCGGCCGUGCCUGGAGGCGAGCGGGCAGCGCACGAGGAGGAGAUGCGCGAGGCAGACGCACCCUCCCCUGCGGCGGGUGAACACCGCGAGAUGCUCAUCGCGGAGGAGACGGCGAACUCGCCAAUCGUCCUCACCGAAACCCUCCGCGGCAUGCUGCAAACCAUUCGUGCAGUCGUUGUCAACGCGAGUCGCAUGCUGAACACGAACGCCAUUCGCAGCAAGCGCGGAUCUUCGCAGCAGCAGGUCCUGAUUCAAGUUGCACAGCUUCACUGUCUCUCCAUCGGCCUGCAGUGCCGCGACCUCCUUCGCCCCGUCCCCUCCGUGCCGCUGCCUACGCCGCUGCUUUUUUCGAGUGAAGAGGUGGAGACGAGCGAGGCGACGUCGAAGGAAUAUGAGGGCGAGGCCGACAAGGAGCGGGGACGGGCGCUGCGACAGAGAAAGACCAGACGCCGUGACGAGAAAGACAAGGAAAAGGACGAAGCCGCGCAGCAUGCAGAGGCGACCAAUGGAGACGAGAGGGGCCUGGACAGAACGCAAGAAGAAGGAAGCCCCGUCGCUGUUGAAGGCCUCAACGUCAUCAGCACGCUCGCGUACAUCUGCGAUGUCCUCGACUGGCUCUACAAGCUUCACGUCGACGAAAAAAACCGCGGCCUCCUCCUCACCAUGACCUUCGACGCCUUCCAUAAGGUCGGGGGCGUCACCGCGCUUAUGCGCGCCGUCGACUACGCGUUCGCGGUCAACUUGGCAGUCCACUGUUUUUUCGUGUCGCGCUUUGCAACGGGCGCGCCUGCGGCGGAUCGGAGGACAGGGGUCUCCGUCGCAGAGGCGGCGAGGAGGCACUCGCCGUCGCAGCCGCUUGUGACGCUGGAGGCACUGCUUCCUCUCUUUUUGUUCCAAGAGGAAGAAAGCAAGAGAAGAAUCCUCCCUUCGUGCGCAGCUGGGCUGGAGGAGGGCCCCGCCGCCGCCGCGUCCCUUCCUUCCUCGAGCCGACAAGACGCCGAUGCUGAAGAGGCGCGGAGACCCGAGGGCGUCGGGGAGGAGCGAGAGGUCAAGAAGGAAGUUGGUGACAAGGCGGAGAAGAGGCGCGAGGCGUUUUUGAAGUGGAUGUAUGCCCUCAUGAAGGAAUUCGAGAAGCUUUCUGAGAGUCAAAUGAAAAUUGUCCGGGAUCUCUCCAGCAAAUGCCUUCAGUGCGCGCUCGCCUACUGCGACAAAAUCACCUCCUGGAAGCGAUGCCUCAACUCCCCUGUGUCUCAAUUUUUGCAGAGAAAUCUAGAGCGGCCUUCUUACUUCCAGCGCAUGGAGGAGCCCCAGGGCGCCCGCAGCGCGGCCGCGGCGGACGCAUCCGCGUCGUCUGCUUCCUCGGCCUCGGCUACCCGCAGAGACGUUUCAGCUGCCGGCGGAGGUGCAGAAGGCGAGAGUCCGCCACCCUCUGGGUCGCAGGGACAGGAGGGAGGGGAGCCCGAAGCAGGCGUCGGCUCGUCGAGCGUUUCUUCUGCGGAGAACGCCGCGGGCGCUGCGGCUGCCAAAGAGAACGAGAAGGCGACUCCAGGAGACGCGGGGAAAACCACGGCGAAGCGAAGAGGGUCCCUCCGGUUCACGUAUUCUGCGGAGGCGAUUUCACAGGCCUAUCUGCGACUCCAGGCGAACGACUCGACCCCGCAGGCUGCGUCGCCGUCUCUGCUACCCCACGAGGACUUUGGCACGUGCGACGUUGUCGGGCUGCUGCGCUCUGUGCAGUGCGAGGCGGCGGCGCACGUGCUCGUGUGGUGGUCGCUGGCCUCCAAGUGCGGAGUGUCGCCGCGUCUCCCGGACGAUUCUGCAGUCCUCGCCGCCGCCGCCUCGCCGGCGUCUCUUGCCGGUGGCGGCUCAGCCGCCAGAGGUGGGGCGGGAGCGGGGGGCUCCGGGCUCCACCUUGCGCGGCGCUUCCACGCGCAGCAGCAGCUCGCCGAGGCUCUCGUCGUGCAGGCUGCGGGGCGCGGGGACAAGAGAGACAGAGCCGCCGACCGGCCAGCGGACGGGAAGCGGCGAAACAGCAAAGGCGCGAGAGGCGCCGCCGGCGACCAGGACCACGUAGAAAAACAUGUCUCCGAGAAGGACUGGCUGCUCGGGCCCCUACUUGCUCCGUUCUUGCAGCGCGUCACGGGGUUCGCCCACAAAAUCACCUACCACAUCUUCGAUACCAUGACUCCCCAGCGACGGGCGUGGAUCUACAGCGCAUUUGUGGAUCUGCCGCCUGCACCUCCGGCGAGGUCGGGCACGCACGCUUACGGUUCUGGAGCCCAUGGCGUGAGUGGGCUCAGUCGAGGAAUGAGCAUGGGCGGCGAGGGACGAGGCUCGUCUUUGCACGCCCAGCGAGCGGCCCACAGAGCCAGGAUUCUGAGUCAACUCACAGAAAUGGGAUUUGAAGAGACUCUGGCGCAGAGGGCGAUCGACGCGACCAACGCGCGAAGCGUGGAGCUCGCGAUGGAGUGGCUCAUCGAGAGGCAGACGGAGGAAGAGGAAGCAGGGGCUCCCGCAGGCGCUUCCUCUGCCUCCACGGAGAACAGCGGCAGUUCCUCGACGCCCAGCAAUUCGACAGAAGCGUCGGGGGCCAAUGGCAACAGUGAUCCAAGCGCUACCAGCAGCGGAGGCAGUGCCUCCGCCUGCCCGGCUGAGGGCGCAUCGGGCACGGAGAGAGGCGGCUCCGCGACGUCCGCAGGGACGGAGACAGGCAAUCAGAGUUCGACGCAGGCGGCCGGCUCGCCGCCUCCGGUCUCCGGCAGUGCCUCCGCCGCUGAAGGCGCGAGGGCGCAGGCGACGGCCAGAAGUCGUUCAGGCGCAGCCGACAGCGCGGAGGCAACGGCGGCCGGGUCCGCUGCCAGCCCGCAGAGCACAGCUAGCACUGGGCAGGAGGCGGCGGGCGCCACAGGCCAGAGUUCCGCGUCUCAGGCCUCUUCGUCUUCUUCGGCGUCCUCUUCGUCCUCUUCCCCGACUCUUCCUACGCCGCGCGCGGCCGCGGUCGCGGCGGCGUCUGCGCUGAUGGGCGAGGUGGGGCCUUCGUUUGACUACUUUGGCACGGUGCUUCUGCCGAGUUUCAGCGCGGAAGAAAGCGUUUCUAACAGCGCGGCUCAGCUGGCGAGUGUGACGCGGGCCUUAGUGGCGGCGAUCACCGGCGGCGCGGGGCAAGGGAGCCUUAAUCGGGGCCUUGGGGGCUCGUUCUACGGCUUGGGCUCCAGCGGCCGGGGCCGCGGCGGAGGCGGCGAGCGAGCGGCAGGAGGCCAAGCGACGGAGGCCCUCUUCUUCGUGGCGGCGACGGCCGCGCUCUCCGGGCGUCUCGAGCUCGACGAAACCUGGGGCGACGGCAACAGUGGUCAGCGGGGCGCCGCGGAGCGCGGCGGAGAAGUCGGGCGUCAAGGGCGCGACGGUGCGGGCGAGAAGAGCGAGACCCCCGGCGGGGCGCGCGGACGCGUGUCUUGGGAUGGACGCAUCUCGACUCACAUCAGCGACUUGAAGGCGCGCGAGUUCACCGAAACGCUUCAGCGAGAGAUUCUCCCCCAGCUGCUCAACCUCGCGUGCGUGCUGCCGCAGAGCGUCGCGUCCCUUUGCGAGGCCCUGAUGAAGCUCCUCGGCGCUCCCCUGGAUCUCGCGGUAGAGCGGAAGCGCGGACGCCCAGUCAACGGCGACCACGAGCCCAGCGACAAGCGCCGAAGGGCCCAAGAGGAAGGCGAAGGGCUGAGAGACGCGAAGGACAAGAGGCACGCAGAUGCGCCGCAGGGUGGCAAAGAUGGAAUUGCGGAAGCGGGCGAGGGAGGACAGGAAGAAGGCAAACGUGCCAGCGGCGGAGGCGACGAGACCGCAGAACGACGCGCAGAGACAAAGGACUCGGAUGAAAAGCCUGAGGCGGAUGCUCCCAAAGCCGCCGCAUCCGGAGCGGGUUCUGGAGGCACUUCUGAACGGCGUCUGCCGCUGCCGCCAGCCGUGCUUCUGCAGCAGAUGGGCGAGCGCAAUCUAUUCGUCACGAUGCGGCUCCUCGCGUCUCGUCUGCUCCACCUCCGUCAGCUGUGUCUCUCUGUGCCGGACUUGGCUUUCCGGCUUCCCUCGCUUGCGUCUUUCUUCUCUAGAUUCGACGCCGGCGGGACGCAGCCGAGCGCGCCUAUGGCUGCGGAGGGGAAAAAGACGCCGGCCGAGGUCGCCGCAGCGGAGACGGGCGCCAGUGGCGGCGCAGCCUCCUUUCGGGCGUCGCUGCUCGCCCUCAGACUGCAGCAGCAGCUCUACGGGACCUGCUUCCUCCUGGCGCACCUGCUCCACCGCAAACGGAACGCAAAGGGCAUGCUGCUGGCGGUCUUCCAUGCCACCGCUGCGUUGAUGCGACGGCGAGCGAGCGCGGCGGAGAGAGAGGAGAGGGAGGACGCGCUGCUGCAGGGGAAGAAGCUCGGCACGAGGGGUCACGCUGGCGCGGCCAAGCCGCCGCUGGGCGCGGCGUCGACCGCCGCGGUCUCCGCCGCCGCUGCGAAGAAGGGCGAGCGGGCGAGCGGGGCGGAGUCCGGCCUGCCUACAGCCGAGAAGGCAGCGACGGGCGGCGCUGGGGCGACGCGAGGCGUAGGGGCUCCGCGCGCAGGUGCGGCUGCAGGCGGGAAGGAGCGCGAAACGGGUUGGGUCAACUCGGCGGCGGUGGCGUGUCGGAAUCACCCGGUGGGGAUUUUUUGGAAGCUGAUCGCCGCGAGCUUGUCUGAGGAAUCCCUCCUGGCGUCUUCGCAUCCAUUUUACAUGUCGCAGACGAAAGGCGUCUUCCUCUUCCCGGAGUUGUUCGGUGCGAGCGGCGGCCCGCAUGCGCCUGAGGACGCGGCGACCCGUACGAGUGAGCGGGCGAGCCUCAAAACUGAGGGUGGAGAGGCGAAGACUUCUCCGUCGUCCGUGUCCCGCUUGGAGGGGGAGGAAGGCGUGGGAGCAGGAAUACCAGAGAGAACUGGUUCGUCUGCGUCGCCGGUCCUUCCUGUGGCCUCCUGGUGUCUCCUCGACCUCCCAACUACCCCGCCUGCCUCCUCGCCGUCCUCGUCGUCGCCUCUGGUGACUGACGCCAAGGUCGCGACGAUCGUCCCCUUUCCCUCGGGCUCACAGAUUCCGCCCUCGGCGCGGUCGCCCCUGCCGUCCUGCGCGUCGGCGCCCACGUGUUUGCCUGCGGCGAUUCCGGCCGCGGCGCGCCCUCCACCCUUCAUUCUUCCCGCGCUUCUCUGCAUCCAAGAACUCCUGCCGUUUUAUCUUCUCCACGAGCGACCGGCGAGCGCCUCGCUCACGUCCGUCUCCUCCUCCUCCAGCGCGGGGUCCAGGGAGCGCGAAGCCCACGGGCCUGAAAGCGAAGGCCCCAGCCUCAGCGCUCCAUCGGUUCCCUCGCCUCCGACGGCAGCCGUGGGCGUCUCAGCUGGGCGGCUGCUGCCGCCCCACGAGCAGCGCCAAAUGAUAACUGGCUGCCUCGAUCUCCUCUGCUUCUAUCCGGGGCUCGACGGAGAGACGACUUUGGCGAUGCUGCAGAUUCUGCAGCACCUCACCGUCGUCCCUUCGAAUGCACUCCACCUGCUCCUCUACACGCCACGCGUCGGUCGACUCCUCUCGGUCUCCACCGAGGGUCGGCGCGAGCGCGCAGGCGAGGCAGGCCGCGAGGAGGGCGGUGGCGAGGAGGGCGGCCGCGAGGAAGGCCAGGUCGACGCUAUUAUGGACGAGGCAGAAGGAUGCAGGGACGCGGAGAGAGUCGAAAAACUUGCUGCGUCGCCCUCGUUGACGACUCCUCUGUCGCUGCGACCCCCUUCGGGCUCGACGCAGAGCGCGAAAUUCCUCACAGGGAAACUCGCGUCGCUUCCCUUCUUCUCCAUCACAGCGACCCUCGCGCACGCCACCUGCUCAUUCGAAAACCACGUCGCGCUUCUUCCGCAUCCGGCGAAUCUUCUGUCUCCGUCGCAGGGCGCUGCGAAGGGGGCUGAAGGCGGCAGGGACGAGAAGAGCGCUGCGGCGCCCGCGUGGGCACUCGGCGGAGGCCUAGGCCUCCUCCUCAGGGCGCCAAGGACGGCUGGAUGCAGCGGCAUGCUCAGUCUGAUCCAGCAAAUCAUCUCGCACGCAUGCGAAGACCAGACCGUGCUCGCGACCUUCAUCGAAAACGAACUCCGCUAUCUCUUCAAGCGUGCGCAACUCGCUGGUCGAACGCUCUACCGAAGGGUCCACGGGGCCCCGCCCCCGUCGGCGUCUGAGGAGGAGUCUCUGCGGCCGCUCGUGCCUGCAGAGGCGAUUUUGGAAACGUUGGCGCCGUUCCUCCAGCGGACGCCUCUUCUUGUUGAGCAGAUUAUUCGAGCCUGCUGUCAGGUCUGCAGCACCGCGUCGGGCGCCUCAUCUGGAGGAGCGGACGGCGCCGGGGAGACCGGCGAGGGGGCGAGCGAGGGCGACGGAGAGAAGCCGGCUUCGCCGAGCUUGAAUCCGCGUGAAGGCGUGGCGCACGCGGAGGAGUCAGGCGAGUCCGCGGCGAUGCGCAGGCGGUCGAGCCGAAGCGAGGAGAAGCGAAGUCCGCCGUCGGCCUCCGUCACGCCGGGGCCUGAGGGCGAGCAGCGGGGAGGCGGGUUGGAAGAGGAGAGACCGGAGGAGCGAGCGGAAGUCGCUCUUGCAGGCGGAGGCGACGUGGACGUCCAGAUGGAGGGUGAGGCAGAGAAGGAGGCUGAGAAGCCACAGGCAGCGGCGAAGGCGAGCUCACCGCCUCCCGAGCCGAUUCCGUGCGGCAUUUACGUAGGCCCGAAGAAGGGCUACGUGUUCAGACGCGGCGUGCAGGGGGUGGGAUACUACCCUGAGGACGAAGGAGGCGAAGCGGCUGGGAGAGACGGCGGAAAGGAAGAGCCCCUCGUGCUGCUGCGGUGGCUGGAGGAACACGAACGCCCGCAGUCUCACCCGCACCAGCGGAAGAUGAAGCGCCUGCUAUUUCAGGCGCGCAAGAGCCCAAACAUCGCCGCCAUGCUCAUGGGCCUCCUCACAGACUACUCUGUUCUCUUCCUCAACCUCGAGGCCAUGACGCGCCUUGCCUCCGCGCCGCUGCAGCAGCAGCAGCCCGCGCUGCAGAAGCAGGAGAAGGACGACAAGGAGGGCGACGCGGCGGUCGUGGACGGUACGCAGGGUGAGAAGAAGACGGUCGGCGAUGCAAAGCCGAGUGAGGGGGAGAGGAAGAAAGACGGCCCACAGCAGGCGGGCCUGUCUGGGGCCUGGCGCAACCUGGACUCCGUGCUUCGGCUGCCACAGAAAGAAGGUGAAGGCACGAAGGCCGAGGCGAGCUGGGCCUCUGGCGUCCGCCCGAUGUACCCUUUUGCUUUGACUGCAGACUCUCUCUUCUACAUCAUGAUUCAGCUGGUCAGUUCUUACCCCUCUGUGCUUUCUCUCCUCUACAAGCCGAUGUCGCUGCUCUUUCCCGCACCUCCGGCGUCGGCCGUCGCGGCCGCCAGCUGCGGCGUGCAGGACAACGAAGGACGAGGCGGAGACGCCUUGGCGGCAGGCUCUGCGGUCGGUUUGCGUGCCGGGCGUGGUGCCGGCGAAGAAGCGUCGUCUCCGGUGUCUCUCGGCGCGUCGCAGCCAGGGGAGGAGAAGGAAGGCUGCGCGGCCGGGGCAGCAGGGGACGAGAGAAUGAAGCAGGGGGCGCCUGGAGCCUCAGGCUCCCUGCCUCGCGCGCAUCCGCUGCACAAGCUUCGCGCCGCUUCCCAGCCUCCGCCGUCCGGCGCGGCGGGGUCAGACGCCGCUGCGUCAUCUGUGAGCGCCGAGUGGCCUAGCCAGCAGUCAGGCCGCGAGAGCGCCGCAGCGGUUCCUGCUGCUUGCACAUCUUCGUCGAAUGCGGGCGGCGCGGCCGCAGGGAUGGUGGGGGCGGAGAUGAUCCGCCUCUACGUGCCGCAGGCGCCGCCCUGGACUUUCUCGAGUUGUUUGUCGUCUCUGGUCGGAGAGGCGGCCGCUGCGCAGAGCGCCGGCGGAGGCUUCGACGUCCUCCGCUCGGUCCUCCAUCUCUCCGCUCACCACCAAGGGGCCCUCGCGGGCUCCGGGGAGCGCCGCGGCAGCAGCCCGCUGCCGCGGGGCGGAGAAAGGAAGCUCGAGGCGGCUGCGGCGGGCAUCCCGGCACUGGCGGCGUUGCGUCCCACAGGACCCGCAGGAGGAGGAGGCGAAGACGAGAGACAGCCGUCUGCCUCGUCCUCGCUCGCCACGCGGACGACGGGCGACCUCCCGGGCUCGGCGCAGACGCCUGGCGGCGGCGCGGGCUCGGCUGCUUGUCGAGGGCACAUCGGCCCUCUCGCCAGUGGCGCGGUGCAUCUGUCGUCUUCAGGCUCUGCAUCUUCAUCGACUGCGUCCUCUGCGUCUGCGCCCGUCCGGCCGCUGCUGGACUACCUGUUGCGGGACGUCUUCUCGAGGCUGUUGACGCUGACACUCCCACCGUAUGCGUGCACCGACAAGUCGUACGCGGUGGCGCUGGAGCUGCAGCGAAAGAAGAAGCUGGCCGCGUCUUCGACCUUGUCGCUGGUCAACAGUCCGGCGCUCGUUUCGCUGAAUCACUUCCUGCAGCUGCUGGGCGCCAUGGCCUGCUGCAGCCUGGAUGUGCGAAAGAUUCUCUUCCAGCAAGUCAGCGGCGCGCUCACGUCUCUGGCGCGCGGCGUCUCGCUCGCGGGCACCUUCACGCCUGCGCUGCUGAGCUCGAGGAAGAAGCGCGACCGCGGGGACAGCAGCGGCGCCCUCGACGCCGUCUUCGGCAUCGACCAAAAUGUCCUCCGGUCCCAGCAGAGGGAGCGUCUCCAGCUUCUUGCCGCCGACGAGCAGAGAGGCGGCGCCGAGGGCUCUGACUGCUACGCCCUGGCGGCCGCUGUGGCCUCUGCCGCGGCGACCGGCAACGUGACGACGCGGGGCGCCGGGGCCCGCGAGGCCCGCAAGGCGGCGGCGGCAGCCGGUGGGGGGGGUACGCACGCGCACCCGAGCGCCGCGACGACCAAGCUGGGCGUGGCGGGGGGCCUGUGUGGAGACUUAGGCCCUCAGACUUCUUCGCCUUCGAGUCUCCUCCCGCCGUCGAACUCGGUUCUUCUGCUGCAGUACCUCCUUCCGGCAGACCUGCAGAUUACGGCCUUCUACAUUCUCUCUUCGCUCUUGUAUCGCCUCUUCACGCUGCCGAAGGAACUCCCGCCGAAUCCGCUCCUGCUUUCGCUUUCCUCGUCGGCGACCGCACCGCACGCCGAGGCCGCCUCCGAGGGGAGCUCGACCGCCCACGCCUCCAACUCGAAUCGGGGCGACCCGGGGGAGGACGGAGACGACGGGGGCGAAGCCGGCGGCGGAGGCGCCGCGGCGUCCUCCGGCCGGUCGCGAGGAGGAGGAGGAAGCUCCGGCUCGUCGUCUGGAAGUGGUGACGGCGGGAGCUCGUCGCGCGGAGGAGGAGGUGACAGGAGCGGCUCGUCCUCCACGUCUCAGGGCGCCCGCGAGAGGGUUGCGGCUGCGGCAGACAGCUUGGAGGGGACUAUGCAUGCGGAGGAAGAAGAGGCGAGAGACGACCCUGCUUCAGAGAGUGCUGCGGGAGACGCCGCCGGCGCGGCGAGCCACUCGGUUUCGAGCUCUGCGGCCGGCUACCGGACUCACGCCUCUUCGUCCGCUUCCUCGCGGCAGCAGCCAGCAGGAGGCAGGACGGCGGCUUCUUCGUCGCGCGGCAACGCGAGCGCAGGCUCAUCUUCUCUCUCUGCGGCUUCCUCCGGAAGCUCGUCGUCCUCUUCAAGUUCCUCCUCAGGGGGGAGAGACGGCGACGGCGACCGCCCGAAGCGCCCGACGUCGGGGAACCCGUUCGCGGGUGGGGACUGCAAAAACGACUCUGGCGCGCCUGCGGCGCGGUCGCCGGCUGCAGCCGCCCUGCCGUCGCUGAAGAGCCAAUACGGGCUCUCCCUGGAGGACUUGCAGCGGCUGCGAGACUCUCUCUCUCUCUUCCUUUUUCAACUGCCUCUUCACAGCGAAGACGCAUACGUGUCAGUCACGGUGGCUGUGCGGUGCCUGACGAUUUUGACCUCGCCCGAGCUGCUGGGGCUCCCGACCGCGUCUCCGUCUGGAGACCGGAAGGCCGCCGGCGCGAGAGACAGGCCCGGGGCGCGGACCAAGGGGGACAGGAAGAGACGCAGCAGCGCGGAAGCCACGGACGAGGAAGCGGAGGACGAAGAUGACGACGAGGGUGACGAUGAUGACGAAGAUGAUGAUGAGGCCUCCGGCAGGAGCCGAGCGCGAGCGCGGCGCAUGCGACGGCGCGCGGCGGCGCUGGAGUACGAGGAAGCAGAUGCAGACGACCUCGACGAUGAGGAAGACGAGGAGGACGGAGACGACGACGACGACGACGACGAAGAUGACGAUGACGAUGAGGACGACGAAGAGGGGGAACCGGAGGACGAAGAAGAAGACUGGGACGUCGAGGAGGAACAGGAGCCGGAGGAGGACGAAGACGACGACGAAAUGGCCGUGCGGUGCGAGCUCUUCGACUUGGACGACGCAGACGAUGAAGACGAUGACGAGCUUGCAGGCGACGAAGAGGAUGAUGCCGUGGGUCUCACGGAAGAGGAGGAAGAGGAGGAAGAAGACGUCGAUGCUGAUUCAGCGGAAAGUGAAGACGACGACGGCACUCCUGCGGCUGCAGGGGGGGCGCUAACGAGCACGCGCGAGCUUCCGCACGAAGUCGAGGAGGAGGAAGAAGUGAUGAUGCAGGGCCCUGGAGAGGUUGAAGAGGAGGAAGACGACGAAGAAGACGAGGAAGACGACGAAGAUGACGACGACGAUGCGCCGCGCAUCCGGGAGCGUGGCGACUUGGAUUAUGAGGAGCUUCUCGAUGAGGAAGACGACGAGGACGACGACCUGCAGCCCCACGAAGAAGAAGCCAUAAUCGAAGACGAGGUUCAGGACCUCGUCUCCUCUCUCACGGGCGGGGGGCGCAGGAGGCGCGACCGCGGCGGUGGAGACUCAUCUCCGGAUGCCAGCAGCGAUGACGGAGGCUCAUCCGCCCUCGACGAAGACGAGGAGGCUGCGCACGACGACGACGGGGAUGAGCACCUCGACGGACUUCCCACAGGAGACGAGGUCGCUUCUCACCUGGAGGGUGCGGGCGCAGCGGGCAUCGGGGCUGCCGCCUCAGCGGCAGAAGAAAUAGGCGCGUCCAGUGCGGGGUUUUCUUCGUUCGCCCUCGACAGCGAGCGCACGACGAGCGGACAUGGUGGAGAGGGGGGCUCUGCGCGAGGCGGUCGGCUUCGCUUUGGGCCUGGUUCUUCUGCGACGGGCGACGACGACGGCGCCGCGGGCGCAUUCGGCUCCGGCUCCGGCUCGGACGGACGCGCCCGAAGCGUCUCCGGCGGCGGCAGCGUGCGGCCGCCGCCUUCAAGCAUGCCGAUUUUCUCGCCAGACGACAUGGACGACGACGACGAUGAAGACGACGAUGACCUCGACGACGACGAAGAGGAGGAAGACGACGAUGAAGAAAGCGCGGACGAGCUGCGCUUCCACUUCCAUCUCUCGGCAGACGCUCACCGCGAGCUGGUUUCCGCGGUGCGCGGAGUCGUCUCUGGCGGGCGCCGCCAGGGGACGGGUCGCGGCGCCGACGGAGGCUUCGACGACGAGUUCGCGGUUGACGUCCACCUUGGCCGCGGCGCAGGAGCGGGGCUCUCGACCCGCUCCUCGGCCGCGGGGGCAGGACCCGCAGGGGCCGGCGAGCGCGGGGCGCGCGGAGGAGACAGCGCGGGGGCGCGCGACCUCGUAGGCGCAGCCGCCAACUUAUUUGGCAUCCACGCUGGAGCAGACGGCGGCGUCGGGAUCGCAGGCAACUCGGGAGCAGGCGCGGCGCAUUUCUUCAUUGGAGGCCGCGGAGGAGGUUUCGGCGGCUCAGGCGGCAACGGCAAUCCCUUUUUGUCGGGACCGUUCCUCGCAACUUCGGCGAACGGCUUGGCUCCGCUCUUCGGCGCGAGCGCUGGAGGAGCCGCGGCUGCGGGUAUGUCCCUCUUCGGAGGCCCAAGCGCCGCCGGCGCCUUCCUCGAUUUCGCCGUGGGAGGGGCGCAAGGAGGCGCAGGGGCCGGACAGCAGGCCGCGACGCAGGCGCUGGCAGGUCAAGCCGGCUACCAACAGGCCUGGACGAGUGGAGACGCGUCUGCUGUGCCCUCAGAGCAUCCCCUGUUUUCGUCGUCUCUGUACCGCAGCUCCGGCAGCCACCAUGGUGCCUCGUCUUCGGCGCUGCCGGGGACUUCCUCGGCGGCCGCGGCAGGCCUCGGGGGCGCCGCUGGGGCAGCGGGUUUCGGGGGCGGGGGCCGCGCAGGCGGAGGCGGAGCCGGGAGGACCGGCCCUGCUGGACGCGACGGAAGAGCUAACGAGAGAGCGCUGAUUCAUCACUUACUGGAGGAUCUCUUCCAGGCGCUGGGGCCAGAGACCUCCCGCACGCCACCCAGCAGCAGCACAACGAGCCAGCGACUGACCUCCUCGUCUUCGCAGAACCUCGCCUCGCCGCCGCCGGAAGGCGACCACAGCGCCAGCGCGGCGCGGAGAUGCACAGGAACGAGGGCUGCGCAGGAGGAAGCUCGAGACGGGCAAGGAGAGGAAGAAGAGACGAGGGGGCGAAGCGAGCGCGAGGGAGCAAGAGACGAUGAGAGCCCCACCCUAGACUCGAUAUACGGCGACUUCAGCUUCUUCGAAGAAGGCGAACCCGCGUAUCAGCAGCGACUCGCGACUUCUGCCCUUCUCUCCCGCCUCGCUGCCACAGGAAGCACUCCAGGCAGCGGCGUGCUGCACAGCCUCGAAGAAAUGCCCUUCCCGGUGGCUGAGUUGCCUCCGAGCGCCGCGGCCGCGGAGCCGGACAGCGAGUUGGCAGAGCAGGGCCCAGGAGGGGGGGAGGAGCGAGAAGAGGACAUGGACGCGGCAGCUGGCGGCGUGCGGCAGCCGACGGCCGGCGGAGAGACGGAAGACGGGGCGCUAGCCCAAGAAGCGUCAGCUCCCCCCUCGGGAUCUCCACGCGCCCCGGAGGCCUCUCAACCGAGGAAUGGAGAGCAAGCUGAGCGGGGGGCUGGUUCUGAUCCAUCCGCCAUGGAUGUCGACGUUCCCCACGCGCCUCAGCAGGAGGAAGCGGGUGCGUCAGCAGCGGUCCCUCCGGCGGCGGCGCCGGCGUCCUCCGCCUGUGGAGACACGCGGGAGGGAGAGAUGGAGGCCGACAUGGCGGAGAGCGCUCGCCCGACGACCUCUGCCGAGGGCGCCGAGACCGGCGUCGGGGAGGAACCCCCCGAGUCGGGCGCGGUCCAGCAGGGCGAGGAAGAAGGCGACGAGGCGCUCUUUCAGUGCACAGUUCAACCGUCCCUAGCUGCAGACGAACCACUGGCGUCAGCUCCAGGUGAAGUCCCAGCGUCUUCACCCCAGCCCCCGGCCGAGGAGUCAGCACCUCCUUUGUCUGCGCGUCCUGCGGCGCCAGAGGCGCCGGCUGGGCCGCUUGCGCCGUUGGCUCGGGCGCUGGGCCUAACGGAGGCGCAGCUCUUUGAUGCAGCUGGGAUGGAUCCGUCCUUUUUGGAAGCCUUGCCUGAGGAUUUGAGGGAGGAAAUCGUUAUUCAGCAGCUGCGGCAGCUGACGAUUCAGGCAGUCGAGCAGCGGCGCUCGGAGAACGAGCAAAGCUCCUCUCCGUCCUUUGCCUCAUCUUCACCGGCUGCGGCUUCCUCGUCGCCUUCCUCGUCGUCAGAGGCCCAACUUGGAGGAGACGCUGCGGCAGCGCCUGGAGCGGGUGCCACCGGCCCCAGCGCAGAAAGCGGUGCAGCUCCACGGGAGGAAGCGGCUGGCUCCACUGAGGACAGCCGCGCUACCCAGGCUUCUUCGCGGCCCGCGCCGCCGCCCCCACUGAGCGAAAUUCGCCGCGAGUACCUCAGCGCGUUGCCUUCGGCGCUGCGCAAUCAAGUGAUAGCGGCCUGUCGGCGCGCGAACGGCGACGGCGUAGAGGAGGCGUCGUCGACUGCGGCGGGGGGCGAAGGGGCGCGGGGCCAACAGAGCCCGGCCUCUCAGGACCCGUCAGGCACUGAUCUGGAUAAUGCCACCUUCCUGGCGACGCUGGAUCCAGCGCUGAGGCAGGAAGUCCUUCUCACGGCGGGCAGCGACUUCCUGCGCAGCUUGCCGACGGAGAUCAUGGCUGAGGCCACGCUCCUUCGUGAGCGUGUCCUCCAGCGUGCCCACCAGGCCCGCAGCAGCAUCAUCGGCGGGGGCGCAGGUCGCGACCGCGGCCCUUUGCAGGGCCGGGACGGAGACAGGGCCCGGGGCGGAAACGCGCUCCACCACCGGGGGGGCGGAGCUGGUAGAAUGUUUUACGCCGUCGACAUGCGCGGCGCGAACGGGAGUGGAGGAGGUGGAGGCGGCGGGGACCAGGCGGGCUCUUCGCGCGGAGGCAGAAAUGCGUUGGGGGGCAGCGCAGGAGCCUCUGGAUUCUCGCAGGGCGGCCGCGGAGGCCAGCAAGGCACGGGCAGUGCGGUGGCGCCGGUGUUUUCUUUCACGAGUCGCUUGAACGGCUUUGAUGGCGACCUCGUCGACGGCUUCGGUGGACAGGGAGGCGAGCGCGGGGCUGGGGACUUGUACCUUGCAGGGCUGUUCGACUUCCUUGACACCCAGAUCCUGCAGGGCGGCCAGCAGCUGCUCGACGAAGGACGCUCCGGGGCGAUGGGCAGCCGCGGCCGCGGCGGCGCGGCCCCGUUCCUCGGAAACUUCCUCGCAGGCUCGCUCGAAGAUGCCGCGGCAGGCGGCGCUGGCAGCCGGGCUCGGGCAAGCGCCGGCCUUUCUUCUUCGUCGAAUCCGCUCCUGCAGGCCGAGAGCGCGUCGGCGUCGUCCUUGCCGGGAGGCGGUGCGGCGGCGGGCGCUGCGUCGGGGGCGAGCUCCUCAGACGCGCUUCUCCAUGCCUCGCACCCGCCGCCUCAGCGGUCGAUGUCUGGCCGCGGAGACCGAGCCCAAGGCCUCUCGUCGAGCUCGGCGCUGGAGCGAUUCCUGCAUGGCACGUGGGCUGCGAUUGCGGGAGCCGCCGCGAACUCUCAACAGUUUGGGGGCGUAACCAUCUCGGGAAUUCCGUCCUCCUCCCGCAACGUCUUCUUCAACUCCUCUUCCGCCUCUGCCGGCUAUCCCUCGUUCCUCAUCGGCGCGGCGCCGGGCCCUGUGGGCGGAGGCGGCCACGGGCACGACGGCGCCGCUGCGGGCCUCUUCGGCGCGGGGCAGGGCGCGGGCGGAGGCGUAGGCAACCAGGUGAACGUUCUGUUGACGGCGGGAGGCAUUCCUUUGGGCGCCGGGGGCGCCACCGGCGCGAACUUACUGUCCCUGCUGUCUUCUUCGCUUUUGGGCGGGCGGCAGGUCGCGGUCGGACGAGGAAGAGACAUGUUGGGCGACGGCCUGAGCUUCUCGGGAACUUCCGGCGGAGGCUUGUCGGGCACAGUCGUCACUCGAGCUGACGGCAUCGUGGAUGGCCUCUCGGCGCUGAAUGAGUGGCUGUUGCUCUCGGCGCCGAUGAGUGGUUCUUCGGCCGUCGCUGCGUCUGGGUCGCCCCAGAGCGAGCGCGGCGUGCGGGGCGGCGCCGGAGCUCGGCGGCUGGCGGCCGACGGGCUCCAGGAGGCGCUCGGCGCCUCUGUGAGGGGCGCCGGCGGCGCGUCUCAUCACGGAGCCCCGACGCGGACGCCCAGGCCUCCUUUCCAUCCGCUAGGCGUUCUGGGCAUCUGCCGCCUGUUUUAUCUGAGGAAAGAAAUGAACCGAAAGCUUUUCUUCACGCUCCUCUGCAACGUCGCGGGCGCACACCACGACGCCUGGCAUUUGCUGGUUCUGCUCUUCCUCGUCAUCUGCUGGUCAGCUGCGCCGGGGUGCCAGGCGCAGGAUGUCUCGUCCUCCUCCCAGCCCUCCUCCCGGCGGAAUUCUUCGGGCUCCGCGUCCUCUUCCUCGCGGCCCUUGUCCGCGGUGGGCUUCCCGCCCUCGGCGCUGUACGGUCCGCUCUUCGAGGGCGCGUCGUCCUCGGUCUCCUCGACCUCUCUCUCGCUCUUCGAGCGACCCUCGGCGGCGGCAGUCGCCACCGAGCGCGUCCUCGAGCAGCUGCGAAGUCUGCUCACGGUUCUGCCUGCGGCCUCUUCCGCCUUCGCUCUGCCCAUGCGCCACCCCCAGGCAGUGACGCUGCGCGACAUCGCGUACCCCUCCUCGGCGUCGUCUGUCUCGGCGCUCUUCGGCCCCCAAAAGAGGGAAGAGAAGGCGGCGGGCGCGAGCGCGCCGCGCGUCGCUGCGGCGGCGCCGGACGACUGCCCCGACGGCGGCAAAGACGACCCCAAGAAGGGCGAGGAGAAGAAGCGGGACAACUCCCUUGGAAAGUUUCUCGGCUCAGGGCGAGGCGGAAGGGCCGGCGGCGGGCGCGGAGGCUUCGGCGAGGAUCGGGGUGCGGGAGAGAAGACGGACUCCGCUUCCUCCGCCAGCCCAGCAAGGAAGGCGGGCGAGAGAGGAGCUCGCCGGGAGAGCCUCGAAGGCCGCGAGCGCGAAGAGAUCGCGGCGGACGUUGCCUCCGCGACCGAAAGUGCAGCACCGAGGGAGGAGGCUGCCUCACGAGCCGGAGUCGCCGUGAAGGAAGAACCGACGACGCCUGUGGGGACGCAGAGUGGAGAGGCGGAGGCGCUGAGGCUGAAUGAACACGGCUCAGCGCAUACAGCGGUCCUCUCUGCUUCGUCUCCGUCUUGCUCCGCGUUUGGCUCCGCGCCAGAGUGGUCGCGGCGGCUGCCCGAUCAAGGUGCGCCCCGCAGCGGCCGAGGCGAGCCGAGAGGAGAGUCUCCCGCGUUUGCGUUCCCUGGGUUUUCGCGUGGAGUCUUGCCAGGCGACGUUGCAGACGAAGGCUACGCGAGCCGACGCUCUGGCAGCGGAGAUGGCGACGACCUUGUGAACGAGCUGCGCCGGAAGAAGAAAAGGAGAGAGUGGAACGGCACGGCGCUCAGCUUCGGCGGUGCAGCGGCGACGCCUUUUUCCUCAGCUACGCCCUCCCCGCCUGAGAGCCAAGGAACGACGACCGCCGCGGCCGGAGGUCUGGGCGCCAAGAGGGACGAGGAGGCCAAGGAGACAGGGCAGAGCUCGCCGCCGACUGGCGCCGAGAGCUCGCAGAGAGCGGCUGUUGCUCGCGAGCCGACGACAGAGAGUGGAGCCGGCGCAGUGCCGCAGUACGAGGCAGCGGGCCCCUCUGCGUCGUCAUCGUCGUCUUGUUCGCUAUCGGAGGCUGCGCACACGGAAGAAGCGAAGGAAGGGGAAAAUGGAGGCGAAGAGAAGGCGGCGCGAGGCGGAGCCAAGGCCGCGAAGGCCGCGAGCAGUUUGCCUCUUCCCCUGCUGGGUGUCAAGGGAGAAGAGGAGAAGAAGGCGGAGGGCGAGGACGCCGCCACGAUGGAGUACCCGAUCAACGUUCUCAUGACGCUGACGAACGGCACACUCUUCCAGUCUUCACCGAGGCUGAUGAAUCACCUCUUGUCUGCGAUUCACUUCCUCCUGGUUGGGUGCGCCAACGGCCAGGGCUCCAGUCGCGAGGGCGGCGAGGGGACAGCCGGCGGCAGUCGCGCGUCGGGCGCUUCCCAGAGGCGCGGCAACCGGCCCUCGACGCCGUCGUCGGCCGCUGCCGCAGGUCGAGGCAGAGGCGCCGGCGGGGGGGGCGGCAGCGCGGCGGCCUCUGCGUCGGAGGCGAGUGCAGAGGCGGUGGAGGCGAACUUGCAGGCGGCGGAGACACCUGCCCGCGUGGCGGCAGGCGCGGCUGCAGGAGACAGUGCAGCGGCUUCUGCGUCGGACGAGGCCGGACUAGAGCAGGGCGAGGAGUCGCGCCCCGAGCAGAGGGCAGCGCAAGCGGAGAACCACAAAGACCACUUGCCCCGGGCGCCCGCCGCCAGGAGCGGAGGGGGCGAAGACGCGGAAGGAGGGAAGUCGACCGGAUCCGGUUCUCUGCCGUCAGAAGACAAAGAGAACACGAUGCUGCGCGUCGUUUCGCCGACUGCAGGCCGCUCUCUGUGCCAACUGCUUUGCUCGCCGAGCGUCGCCGCGUCGUGGUCGCAGGGAGUGUAUACGCCUCAGCAGCGCGAGGCGCACCAGCAGCAGCUGAAUUUGGUGGCGAAAAUUGUCGGCAGUCUAUACCGGUCUCCGCAGCAUCGGCAGUGGGUCGAGGAGGCUCUGAAGCAGAACGCCACCGCGCUCAGCGAGGGCAUCAGCCUCGAACUGGGGCUGCUGGCGGAGACUCUGCGCAGUUCGCUCGACUGCCUGUCUCCCGGAGCCGACUCGCCAGCGCCGCCGACGCUCAGUCCCCACGACGACCUGUGGAGACGGCGGGACUUGCUGGAUCCCCAGCUCGCGGCCUUCAAUCGUCUGUGUUCGACGCUGAGCGACGUCCUGAAUCAAAUCGAAGAGCAAGCAGGUUCUGGAAAGGAGAAGGAGAAGGAGCAAGUGAGAGGCGGCGAGAGCGAGGGCGAGCGGGCGCCUGGAGCCAGUGCGUUGGAAGGCGCCCGUGAGGGAGAGGGAGCAGAGCGCACGCGCGGGCAAGGCCGAGCCGCGCGCGACCGGCGGUCGCCGUGGACGGCGUCGCAGGGCGCGGCGCGCGACCGCAGAGGACGAGCCGGAGACGAGCAGACAGGAGAGGAAGACUCGGAAAUGCGAGAGGGCGCGGGCACGGGGGAUCGCCGCGAAGGCGAGAGGACGUCGAGUGCGGGCGGCGAAGGACAGGGCCCCGCAGCGCUUCAGGCUCUCGAGGCGGCAGCCCUGGAGGCCAUCGAGGCGGUGAACUCGGUGGCCAUGGCCUCGACGGUGUCUCCCCUCGGGCGCGGGGCCUCUGGGCGCGGAAGAGGCGCCCGCGACGGCGAGAACGCGGAGGGUCGCGAAGGCGGCGGGUCGGCGUCUGCCUUGUGGGCCUUCAGGAAUUUCUUCGACCAGGCCGGCGCGAGCUUGAUCUGGGAGCAGCUGGACGAUGUGCUGAGCGCAGUGGAAGAGGCGUAUCCCUCGCUCGCGUCGCAGGUCUCCUCGACAGGUGGCGGUCCAGUGCUGGCUGCCGCGGGCGAGACUCGCCGGCGGCGCCGGGGACUUCCAGCCUCGCCUGCGCUCAGCCGCGGGAUGUCGCGCGAGAGCGACGCGCAGGAGAUGCGAGGGGUGCCGGAGGCGGACGGCGACGAGGGCCGAGGCGCGCGCGGCGGCGACCACAGCGGCCGGCGACGGAGCCGGCGCGAGGAGGAAGAACUCGGCGAGGAGGAAGAAGAGGAAGAGGGCGGCGGUCGACGACGCGACGAAGACUCCGCGUCCUCUCCCGCCGCCGCGACGACGGCGUCUCCGACCGACGACGCGGCCCCGCUGAUUCUCUCGCAGUUGCUUCCCAUUCUCGAGGCGUAUCUCCAGGUCCACCAGAUGUGCAUUGCCGCCGACUACGGCGUGAAGGACGUCGCGGAGCUGAGUCAGUUGGAUCUCUUCUCGCUCGCCUCUCAGGCGGCGAACUCGCAGCAGACGGGCAGCGGCAAGCAGAAGGCCGAACACUCCGAGCAGGUUGAAGACGGGCGCCUGAGCGCGCCGAACUCCCCUGCGGCCCCCGCCGCAUCCUCGCCCACGUCGCCGUCGGCGGCCAGCGUCUCCUCUGCCGGCGUGCCUUCGUCCGCGGGGCCCGCCGUGAGCCGGCGCCACGCAGAGUUGUGCUUCUUUGGGGAGAAACACCGCGCGUCGGUCAAUGCACUCAUCAAGCAAACGCCUUCGCUGCUGACGACGUCGCUCCAGCCGCUCCUGAAGCUCGCCCCCAUGACGGUCGCCUUCGAAAAUAAGCGGCUCUACUUCCGCCAUAAGAUCCGUGAAAUGCGGCAAAGCGCCCGCCUCGAGACGAUUCGCCUCUCCGUGCGCCGAGACCAAGUCUUCACCGACUCCUACCACCAGAUCCGAAUGCGAUCAGGCGAAGAAAUGAAGGGGAAGCUGAACGUGCACUUCACCGGCGAAGAGGGCGUCGACGCUGGAGGCCUCACGCGCGAAUGGUUUUCGCUCCUCGCCCGCGACAUGUUCAAUCCGAACUAUGCACUCUUUCGCAGAGAAGGCGCUAAGAGCGAGUUCAAUCACCCGAAUCCGCUCUCCUCUAUCAACCCUGAGCACCUCCACUACUUCAAGUUCAUUGGACGCAUCAUCGGCAAGGCGCUGUUCGAUGGUCAGCACCUGAACGCUUACUUCUGUCGGUCUUUCUACAAGCACAUGCUCGGGCGGCGCUGCGUCACGGCGGACGCCGAGAGCAUCGACCCGACGCUUUACAACAACCUUCUCAAAAUGCUCGAGUAUCCCCUCGAGGACCUCGGCCUGGAUCUCACCUUCAGCACGGAGGUCGACGAAUUCGGCAUGCACAAGGUUGAAGACCUCAUCCCGAACGGGCGAACAAUCGCGGUCACGGACGCGAACAAGCAUCUGUACGUCCAGCUGAUCUGCCAGCGCAAGAUUGUGGGCGGCAUCCAGCAGCAGCUGGAGGCAUUCCUCUCCGGUUUCCACGAGCUCAUUCCGCCCGCGCUCAUCUCGAUUUUCGACGACAAAGAGCUGGAGCUUCUUCUGUCGGGGCUCCCCACCAUCAACCUCGAGGACCUGCGCGCAAACACCGACUACGUGAACUUUUUGCCUACGGACCAGACGAUCGUGUGGUUCUGGGAGGUUAUGAACGAAUUGGAUGAGAAACAGCGCGCGGCCUUCCUGCAGUUCGUAACAGGCACGUCGCGCGUGCCCCUGGGCGGUUUCAAAUUCCUCGUCGGCAUGCGAGGACCGCAGAAAUUCUCCAUUCAAAGGGCCUAUGGCGAGAACAAGUUGCCGACCGCCCACACCUGUUUCAAUCAACUGGAUCUCCCCGGCUACAGCAGCAAGCAGGUGCUCAAGAAGAAGUUGCUUCUUGCCAUCACAGAAGGCAAGGAGGGGUUCGGCUUCGUCUGA